AUGCCUUCUCGCAAAGAGCUUCUGGCUCUCUAUACUCUGCUGCUGCAGGUUGUGGCCCGCCCUGCCCCGGGUGAUGGAUGGGGAUCCCCCGAGGAUUAUAGUCAAGGCGCCCUUGAGCUUCUCUACAGUGAAGUUUACUAUCUUGCACCUACACAAGCUCCGGCAGAUUCAACAGAGCAAUAUGGCGGCGGCGGUGGUGGAAAGGGAGGUCCCGGCGGACCUGGUGGUGAGCACGGUGGAGGAGAUGGAUCUGGAUAUCCCGGUCCUAGUGUGACUGUUACUCCCGACUGCCCCGCUGCUCCUACAACUACCGUGACUAUAACCACUGAUGACAGUGAAAAAGGAGCUGCAACUGUUACAGUUACUUCUCCAGGGGAGACAGUCACCAGCACCAUUACUUCUCCGGCCGAGACGAUCACAGACACGAUCAGCGACUGUACAGCAGCCACCACAGACAAGAGCUUUGUCAACACAGCCACCGAAACAGAAACCCUCACCUAUACAAUCAGCUCGUGCACAGCCACGACAACAGACUACGCGACUGUGACAGCCGACGGCUCGACAAUCACCUCAACCGUAACCACAGCCGAUCCCACUGAGACAGAAACGACAACCGUCACCCAUGCCGCGGAGACCGUUACAGCCCCAGCCUCAACCGAGACCCAAACCCAGACAGUGACCGAAACAACCACCGACACCACUACCCUGACCGACCACCAGAUCAUCAUCCAGACUGCCACGACCACUGAGACAAAGACUCUGGAGGUGACCUCGACCGUGACAUCCGACGAUUGCUCUGAGACUGGUACCAAUGGCUCCGAUAGCCUUGGCUAUGGCUCCUGCUCUGACCCGACCAUCAAAUGGGAAUAUGGACUGGACGGCCGUACCGACUAUUCCUAUACGACCAACAACCAGAAGGACUUCUCCUUCGGCUCCUCGCCUACCAUCGGUGCUCCGGACGAUCUGAUCUGCAACCGUCUCCGCAGCCCGUGCAAUGCCCCCCAAGAGACUAUUGACAAGUGCUACGAGACCAAGGAUGCCGUUGCCAACCUGAGCGGCCAGGAAGCUGCUGAUGUCUGGAACAGCAUGAUGACCUAA